CACCCCACUUGGACCUUCUCUGAACGCCCCUUGACUGCUGUAGUGUGAAACGCGGCUGGAAAGCACGGAAACGGCAGGCCAGUCCAUCUGCUUUCUCCUGCUUUGAAGAAAGCACUACCAAAGAUUCAUUUUUUUUCAACACCAAAUCAGCAGUGUCACCGGUUCACAUCGCACGUCCGUGUAAAGAAGUGAUAUGCAAAUCGUGAUGGAGGACUUCUUUCAACCUGUCAUUAUCAGGUGACGAUACUUUAUAUGUGCCUACCGCUACUUGUCAAGGGUUGAUUUUUGUUCUUGAAAAGGAGACAUUCUGGUCCAUUUUAUUAUCAUUUGUUAGGUUUCCACUCAGUUUCUUGCCCUAGAUUAAUUGCCAUGAAGAUGUUCUUCUGAAAGAGGGUUUAUAGCGCUAAGCCAGGCACAUGGGCAUCCUCGGUGUUCUGCUUUUUGCAGAAAGCUUGAUCUGGUUCUGGGGAUCCUCGGUCGCAGUUGACACAGUAUAUGCAUCUCAAUCAAUCAGUGAUGGGGAGACACUAGUUUCGAGUGGUGGAACCUUCGAAUUAGGAUUUUUCAGUCCAGGUAAUCUCACAGAUCGAUACUUGGGAAUUUGGUAUAAGAAUGUCCCUGUAAGAACCGUUGUCUGGGUUGCAAAUAGAAGCAAGCCAAUUAAUGACUCUUCAGGCACGUUGAUGGUUGUCAGCACAGGCAAUCUUGUCCUCCUCAGCCAGAAUACUAGUGUUGUUUGGUCAACUAACUCUAUGAAACAGGCCCAAACUCCAGUUUUACAGCUCUUGGAUAGUGGAAAUCUCGUGCUGAGAGACAAUGGAAAUGGCAAUCGGAUACUUAUCUAUGGCAAAGCUUUGAUUACCCAUCUGACACAUUUUUGCCAGACAUGAAGAUCGGAUGGGAUGCAAAUAGCAGUCUAGAACGGCACUUAACUUCUUGGAUGAGUCUCGAUGACCCAUCUCCUGGAGAUUUCACUUGGGGGUUGGAGAGAAGUAACUAUCCUGAGCUUGUAGCAUGGAAGGGAUCAAAUAAGUACUUCAGAAGUGGACCUUGGAAUGGACUCCGUUUCAGCGGCGCACCACAGUCAGGAGCCAAUCCUGUCUUUUCAUAUAAGUUCAUAAACAAUGGAACUGAGGUGUACCAUACAUUUGAUGUGGAGAAAAAUCACAGCUUGUUAGGAUUGUUGUGAAUCAAACUACCUCUCUAUGGGAACUCUCCACUUGGAAUGAAGAUUCUCAAAGCUGGAUGCUCUUCCUUUCAGUUCCAAAGGACUAUUGUGACCAUUAUGGCCUCUGUGGUGCCUAUACCAAAUGCUUGACUGACAAGUUGCCGUAUUGCCAGUGCCUGAAAGGAUUUUCGCCCAAGUAUCCAGACAAGUGGAACUCAAAUGAUUGGUCACAGGGAUGUGCCAGGGAUAAGCUUUUGAGUUGCAAUGAUGGUGAUGGAUUUAUAAAAUAUAAUCAGAUGAAAUUGCCAGCUACAACAUAUACAUGGGUAGAUGGCAGCUUAAGCCUCAAGGACUGCAGAACGAGAUGCUUGAAGAACUGUUCAUGUACAGCUUACACAAACUCAGAUAUAAAUGGGAAAGGUAGCGGUUGUGUGUUGUGGUUUGGUGAUCUUAUUGAUAUGAGACAGUUUCCAAGUGGCGGUCAAGACAUAUACAUUCGGAUGUCAGCUUCUGAAAUAGGGAAGAGUAAGCGCAAACUGUUGAUAACUGCCAUUGUCAUUCCAGCAAUUGGAUUACUUGCUGCCAUGCUCACGGCCCUCUAUUUUGUUGUCAGAAGAAGAAUGAAAUCUGGAGAGAGAACCAAAAAUGUGACAGAAGUUUUAGAGAAAGAAGGUACCAAAGAUGACCUGGAGCUCCCACUCUUUGAUCUAAUUACACUUGCCAAAUGCACAAACAAUUUUUCAAUCGAAAACAAGCUCGGUGAAGGUGGUUUUGGACCUGUAUAUAAGGGUACACUGGUAGAUGGACGAGAAAUUGCUGUGAAGAGACUUUCAACUAUCUCUAGGCAAGGAUUGAAGGAGUUCAUGAAUGAAGUCACAUUGAUUGCAAAACUCCAGCACCGAAACCUAGUAAAGCUUCUUGGUUGUUGCAUUCAGGGAGAAGAAAAAAUGCUUGUCUAUGAGUACAUGGCAAACAAAACCACUAAUCCUUCGCUCUCUCUAUGCUGUGAUCAUCUCGUGACCACAAAAACUGGUUACCUAUGA